CUUGGUUAGGUUAUAUAAACAUCUCACAGCACCCGCCGCGACAGCUCAGAAACCAGCAGGACCGAGCAGGACUGCUCUCCGCGGAGUUUCACGUCUGAAAGAAAUGGCAAAAAGUAUGAUCGCCCUCAUCACAGUGUUCCUGGUGACUCUGGUAUUGUCUUCGAACGUUUUAUCCCAAGCAAGCAAAAGUGGAUACUGUCCUAUGGCCAGAACAGUAACCAAUUGUUUCAACAGAUGCAAAAGUGACUAUGAAUGUUCCUUCGACAAGAAAUGCUGUCCGAACGCGUGUGGAUCUACUUCAUGCGCAGAGUCGAGUCUCAUUUCUUAUGGGUCUGAAGCCCGUGACUACAAUAAAUCUACAUAUUGUGACAAUGUGAAGUGUCACACAGGGGAGAAAUGUGUGUUUGAUACUAAAACCAAGAGGAACCGAUGCGUACGUGGCUAACGUGGCAGAAGUAAACAACAGUGGUAAUUCCAUUUGCUUCGUGAUACCUAAAUAUGCCAUCCUCAUGAUUAGCUUCAGAAUCAGCAUUUUGUCCUUCAGUUUUACUUCAUUAAGGAAGUUCAGAAUCCAGAGGGAUUACUAGCGUCUUAAUGACCGCCUCUUUAGAUAGUCACAUGUGAUCAGUACUACACGUAUAAAGUCAUGUGUCACAUGUAGUGCUCCUCAUUAAGUGAAAUACUUCAGGGUAAUAAGAUGCAAGAAAUGAAGGUUACUAUAUAAGUAU